AUGCCUCCUCUCAGACUGCUGGCCCUGCUGGCGGGCCUGCUGGCGUCCUCGAGGGCCGGCCCGACCCCCGUCGUGGGCAUCGUGGGCGGCCGGAAGGCGAGGCCGCUCGAGUUCCCGUUCCUGGCCUCGCUGCAGAGCCAGGGCCAGCACUUCUGCGGCGGCGCCCUGAUCCACGCGCGCUUCGUGCUGACCGCGGCCAGCUGCUUCCGCAACCUGAACCCAGGCGCGGCCUCGGUGGUGCUGGGAGCCUACGACCUGAGGCGGCGGGAGCGGGCGCGGCAGGCGUUCGCGGUCAGGAGCGUCAGCGAGAACAGAUACGACCCCCAGGAGAACCUGAACGACCUGCUGCUGCUGCAGCUGGAGCGUGAGGCCAACCUCACCAGCAACGUGGCGCUGCUGCCGCUGCCCCCGCAGAACGCAGUGGUGGAAGCUGGCACCAGCUGCCAGGUGGCCGGCUGGGGGACCCGCCGGAAUGGGGGGCGCCUCUCCCGCUUCCCAAGAGUUGUGAACGUGACGGUGACCCCCGAGGACCGGUGCCGCCCCAACAACCUGUGCACUGGCGCGCUCGCCCGCCGGGGCGGCAUCUGCCAGGGUGAUGGGGGCACCCCCCUCGUCUGCAACGGCCUGGCGCACGGCGUGGCCUCCUUCUCUCCAAACCCCUGCGGCAAGGGCCCCGACUUCUUCACCCGAGUGGCACUCUUCCGAGACUGGAUCGAUAGUGUCCUCAACAACCCCGGCCAGGGGCCGGCCUGAGCCCAGCCCGCGCCACGCCCCCCACGAUCUGUGCCCACAACCCGUGGCCCUUCCUGUGUCCCCCACGCCUCCGGGGC